AUGGUGUCCAUGCUCACUGCCAUCCUGAGGGGUGCGGUCAUCGUCCUCUUCACCGCGACCUGCGCCGAAGCGAAGGCCACGGUGAAUAAUCAAGUCACCCUUCUCGAGGAGACAAACUCGUCCCUGCUCCGAUACCCGACCCAGUUCACACAGAACAUAGUCCCGAAGAACAUCCAUUCUCAUAAUGACUAUUGGCGGGAUGUCCCUCUAUUGACAGCUUUGAGUUACGGAGUCGGGAGUGUGGAAGCAGACGUCUGGCUGGUCAACGGUACCCUAUAUGUCGGUCAUGAGGUCGCCGCACUGACCCAGGAUCGCACUUUCGCAUCUCUAUACGUGCAACCUCUUGUCAAGAUCAUCCAGGGGCAAAAUCCCAAGAAUGUCCUCACCGCAAAUCAGACGCAGCCGAACGGCGUGUGGGACACAGCCUCGGGUACCGCUCUGCAAUUAUUAGUGGACAUUAAGACAGAUGGUGUCACAACACUGCCAUGGGUGCUCGAAGCCCUCCAGCCACUGCGAUCUCAGGGGUUCCUGACGACGUACGCUAAUGGAAGCUUAAGCACUGGGCCGGUAACGGUAGUAGGAACUGGAAAUUCCCCGCUUGAGCCGAUAAAGGCUCUGGAACCUAGGGACUACUUCUUUGAUGCACCCUUGACGCAGCUGAGGGACCCUUCACUCAAUACCACCUGGGAUUUCACGUUGUCGCCGCUCGCGAGCACCGAUUACGGAACCGCAGUGGGAUGGAGUGGUAUUGGGGAUAUCAGUGAAGCUCAGCGAACAAACAUCACGAAAUUUGUCGACGAUGCUCACUCAUUCGGCAUCAAGGCAAGGUUCUGGGAUACCCCAGGAUGGCCGAUCCAGGCAAGGGACAAUGUCUGGAGGGAGCUAGUGAACGACGGUGCGGAUUGGCUCAACGCAGACGACUUGGAAGCAGCGAGCCAAUUCUGA